CUGCUUGUCGCUCGACGUGCUCGACGACGCUCUCCACCAUCUUAGCCAGCUCAGGGCUGCGGGCUUCACAACCUCACGUCUGGUACAUAUACAUUCGUUGUAAUUGAAUCAUGGGUGUUCCGGCGUUGUUUCGCUGGCUCAGUAAAAAGUACCCGAAGAUCAUUCUACCUGUGGUUGAAGAAGACGAAGUGAAGGUUCCGGAUGGCGACGGCAAUGAGGUCGCUGUGCCCGUCGACAUGUCCCGGCCGAACCCCAACGAGGUGGAGUUCGACAACCUCUACCUUGAUAUGAAUGGAAUCGUUCACCCGUGUACACAUCCCGAGGGCAAGCCUGCCCCCGAGACGGAGGAGGAAAUGAUGCUAGAGGUAUUCAAGUACACUGAACGAGUGGUCAACAUGGUCCGUCCGCGCAAACUGCUCUUCAUGGCUAUCGACGGUGUUGCGCCGCGAGCGAAGAUGAAUCAGCAAAGGUCUCGCCGUUUCCGGUCUGCUCAGGAGGCAAAGGAGAAAGAGGAGGCCCGAAAGGAGUCAGUUGCCAUGUGGGAAGCCAUGGGUAAGACACUUAGCGAGGAAGAAAAGAACAAGAAGUCGUGGGACUCGAACGCCAUUACUCCGGGCACUCCAUUCAUGGACCUACUCGCCAAUGCUCUGCGUUACUGGGUAGUGCAGAAAAUGAACACUGACCCGGGUUGGAAAGAGGUGCAAGUUAUUAUUUCUGAUGCCGGUGUACCCGGCGAAGGCGAACACAAGAUCAUGGACUUCAUACGCCGUCAACGGUCAAACCCUGGUCAUGACCCGAAUACUCGACACGUAAUUUACGGACUGGACGCGGAUCUGAUCAUGCUUUCCUUAGCCACUCACGAGCCACAUUUUAGGGUGUUGCGAGAAGAUGUGUUCUCUCAAUCUGGGAGUGCGACUGCUUGCCGGAUCUGUGGCCAAGAAGGGCAUUACGCCGCUCAAUGUACGGGUACCAAGGCAGAGGUGGAAAAGAAACCUGUCGAGAAGAAGCCAUUCAUCUUCCUCGACGUCGCCAUUCUGCGCGAGUAUCUGGAAGCAGAGCUUCGCGUGUCGAACGCACCCUUUCCGUUCAACUUAGAACAGGCCAUUGAUGAUUGGGUCUUCCUCAUCUUCUUUGUCGGGAAUGAUUUCCUGCCUCAUUUGCCAUCACUUGAGAUCAGGGAAGGUGCGAUCGAUACACUGCUCAAAAUCUGGAGAGAAGAGCUCCCGCGAAUGGGCGGUUAUCUGACCAAUCAUGGUCAAGUCGAGCUAUCGAGAGCAGAGAUUAUCCUCGAAGGUCUCGCUAAGAGAGAAGAUGACAUCUUCCGGCGGCGACGUGAAUCUGAGGAACGUCAGGACCAGAAUGCCAAACGUCGUAAAAUCGAAAAGGACAUGGUUCUCAACGGCACCGGGCCGUCGGCUUCGUUGAAUCUCACCGCCACACCUACCGCACCUGCUGCGCCUUCCACUCCCAUGCACCAUCCGCUCCCUCCUAAACCCACAAACUCAGACAGCAUUGGCUUGGGCGGGCCAAAGACCUCGGAGUCUGCUUUGCAUGCCCCCACAGCCGCCCAAGCGUUGGCCGGCUCGAAUCGUGAUGUCGUCGCGAAUAGACGUGCUAUUCGCAUGGCCAACAUGAGUGCUGCUGAGAUGCUGAAGGCUGAACUUGCCGGCCUGCAGCCGCUGAAACCCAAGUCGACGAAGUCGACAACUACUCCUGCUGCCAUCACGAAACCUGAUACUGCCACGCGCGCCACUUCUGUCUCUGUCCCUGCCGCUGCGCCUGCGUCCCUGCCCACCCAGCCUGAGGUGAAGGUUGACGAGGAGGACGUUCCUGGUCUGGGCGCGUCUGCUAGCCCGGAAUUCGAGCUCGAUCCUGCCACUGUCCCGAAUAGCGAGACGCUCGCGCAAAGUGAUGAGAUGGAUGCUGACGGCAUCCCAGACUCAUCUGUCCAGUCGGAGGAGUUCGCCAUGUCAGUUGAUGAUGAUGGCCCUCGAGGUACCAAACGUAGUAUUGAUGAGGCGGAGGCGGACGAAGAGCCUGAGGGGCUUGGAGAUGACGAUGACGAAGACGAGGCACCGGCUUCCACGUCCUUGACUCUGAAGGUCAACCCUGAUGGGACAGUAGAACAGGAGGAUGUUGUAAAACUCUGGGAACCUGGCUAUAAGGAACGGUACUACCGCCAGAAGUUCGGCGUCGAGCAUAACGAUGCCAAGUUUAAGAAAGACAUCACGACUCGGUACAUGGAAGGGCUAGCCUGGGUCCUGCAGUACUACUACCAAGGGACGCCCUCCUGGACAUGGUAUUACCCUUACCAUUUCGCGCCCUUCGCAGCCGAUUUCGAGGAUAUCAGAACUAUGAAUAUGGACUUCAACCUCGGUCAGCCGUUCAAGCCCUUCGAGCAGUUGAUGGGUGUUUUCCCUGCCGCUAGUCGACAGCACAUCCCUGAGGCGUUCCAGCACCUCAUGACAGAGGAGACAUCGCCCAUCAUUGAUUUCUACCCUCCCAGCUUCCAGGUCGAUAUGAACGGCAAGAGGAUGCUCUGGCAGGGCGUUGCACUGCUUCCCUUCAUUGAUGAGAAGCGUUUGCUCGACGCCAUGGCUGACCACUAUUCUAAGAUCACCGACGAUGAGAAGCGCCGCAACCGAUGGGGAAAUGAUGUCCUCUUCGUGUUCGAGGAGCACCCAUUGUAUACAUCACUCGAGGCAUUGUACGGCAAACGCAACAAAGACGAGAUCCACUUACAGCCCAUGCCGAUCAAUGUCGACGCGAGCAAGGGAAUCAGCGGCAGUUUACUCCCGAAUCCCGACUGCAUCCCGGGAUCGCAUUAUUACAGCCCCUUCGCCACCGUAGACUUGCCCGACAUCAAGGGCGACCGAUCGCUCUCUGCUGUCUACUUGUUCCCUAAACAGUUAACGCCGCAUCGUUCUGUUUUGCUUCCUGGUGUCCGUCGGCCACGACCUAUCCUUACAGAAGAGACCGGGAAUCCGCGAAACGGGGCGGCCGCGGUCGCGGACGGGGCGGAUAUGAUAACCGUGCUACUCUGCGUGGGGCAUCCUAUGGUUCCAAUGGCCGUGGCCGUGACUAUGGUGGACGCAACGACUACCGCGACGGGUCUUCGUAUCGCCAACAAUCGCACCAAGGCAACUGUCAUACUCGAACAUGUCGUACAACUCUCGCACAACUCUCGCGGGACAACUCUCGCGGGGACAACUCUCGCGGGGAUUCUAUCAAUGGCUACGGGGCCCCCCGAGGCAGAGGUGGGUCUAGGGGCCGUGGCGGGUACGAAUCGGGUAAUUCGUAUGGGGGAUCCUACGGCAACGGUGGAGGCUACGGAGCAGCGAACAGCCGAGGCGGCGGUUUUGGAGGCGGCGGCGGUUUCGGUGGUGGUAGAGGAGGAUACGGAGGGUACGGGGGAGGCGGUGGCGGCGGUGGUGGAGGAUAUGGCGGUUAUGGCGGCGGCGGCGGUUCUCCUGCUCAGAGCGGCUACGCCAGAGGAGGCUAUGGGCUAUGGCGGUGGCGGCGGUGGCUACGGAGGUGCACCGCAGAAUGGGUAUGAUUCAUACGGCGGCGGCGGCGGUUACAACGCCCGUGGAAACGGGUACAACUCGCGCGGGAGGGGAAGAGGAUACUGAGCUAUUGAGCUCAGCUUCAUCGCUGGCGCAUGUCUAUUAUUAACCUAUUGACGGCGGAGGAUGCACGCAGUAUAUGGGACUUCCGUGUAACAUACAUGACAU